GUCCCUUUGCACCGACAUGGCUGCCGGCGUCAUCCGGCCGCUGGCCGAGCUGCGGCUGCCCUCGCCCUUCCCGCACGGCCUGCUCCUGCCUGCGCGUCCCGAGCCCGACUUCCCCGACCUCUCUGAGGAGGACGACGAAGAAGAGGAGGAGGAGGAUGAAGAGGAGGCAGCAGAGCAGAGCGGCGGACCGGAGCCCGCCUGCCCCAGUGCCGCAGAGACCACGCUGCGACUCCUGCGCUUCUCAGAGCUCAUCAGCUGCGACAUCCAGCGGUACUUCGGGCGGCGGGGCCGGGAGGAGGCCGCUGGCGGCCAUGGCGUGCCCGAGGACUGCAGCUCGCCCCGCAGCUCGCCCAGCCCGGGGCACAUGGCACGGGGCGGCCGGGCGCAGCCGGAGGCGGCACUCGGUGCCCACGGGGCCGCACACAGGCUGGGGCCGCUGGCCGAGCUCUUUGAGUACGGCGUGCGCCGGUGCCUGGCACCGCAGGCGGUCAGCGGGAAGGCGCAGCGGCUGGAGAGGAAAUACGGCCACAUCACCCCCAUGCACAGGAGGAAACUGCCGCCCUCCUUCUGGAGGGAGCCGGGUCCCGGCCCUGGCAGCCUCCUGCACGCCGGCACCCCUGACUUCAGUGACCUGCUGGCCCACUGGACGGUGGAGCCGGGGCCAGAGCUGCCGGGCAGCGGGCGGGAGCUGCCUCCUAUGCCGGGCCAUGCUGGGCUGGAGGCUGAGCCCUACAGCGGGCUGUGACCCACCGCAGCUCAGGGCUGCCACGUGCCGCACGGGUAAUGAGCAACCCAUGGGCAAUGGGACGCUUGGAGCCAGUGGGUCGGAGCCAGCAAUGGGACGAGUGAA